AUGAGCAGAGGCGACCGUGCCGUGGUACCAAUCGAAUCGAAUCCUGAAGUUUUUACGGAAUUCGCACACAAUUUAGGCUUAAAAAAGGAAUGGGCAUAUUUCGAUAUCUAUAGCUUGACAGAGCCAGAAUUAUUGGCAUUCUUACCAAGGCCAGUUAAGGCCAUCGUACUUCUAUUUCCAAUAAACGAAAAUGCAAAAACGAGUGCCAAUCAACAACUUUCAAAUUCUUUUGACGUUAUAUGGUUUAAGCAAUCAGUUAAAAACGCAUGCGGUUUGUAUGCAAUUCUUCAUUCUUUGAGCAACAACCAGUCACUUUUGGAGCCCGGCUCCGACUUGGCUAACUUUUUAAAGUCUCAAAAUGAUACUACCGGGUCAAAGAACAAGUUUGAUGAUGACACCGCAGACCAAUUCGUCUUGAAUGUAAUAAACGAGAAUACACAAACAUUUUCUACCGGCCAAUCAGAAGCACCAGAAGCUACCGCAGAUAUCAAUCUACACUAUAUCACAUACGUGGAAGAGAACGGUGAGAUAUUUGAAUUAGAUGGGAGGAAUUUGGGAGGGCCCCUCUAUUUGGGAAAGAGCGACCCAACUGCCACUGAUUUGAUUGAGCAAAAUUUAGUUAGACUGAGAAUCGCCUCAUAUAUGGAAAACGCCAAUGAAGAGGAUGUAUUAAAUUUUGCUAUGUUAGGAUUAGGUCCCACCUGGGAAUGA